UACAAACGAUCCAAAGAAAGACAGUUCGCUCACUGUUGGCUCUUGGCUCAUUUCAUAUAAGCUGUUGCAUUUUUUUUGGGCCAUCAAUAAAAAUUUAUAAUAUUUAUUAAAUUCAUUUCAUAGCAAAAAUUCAAUUUAUUUAAAACUGCAUUUAAAUAGUUUAAGUUCAAAUUAAUUUUUAAACAAUGGCCACUUAUGUGAGUAAAAUGAAUCAGCUGUCUUCCAUCGUUGCCGCUAACCUCCGUCGUAAUGGUGUGCGAAGCUUGUCAACAGCAAACGAAAAGAAAGUUUUGCCCAGCCAAAGUGGACAAAACAUUGUGUUGGUCGAUGGCGUGCGUUCGCCAUUUUUACUGUCUGGCACAACAUACUCGAAAUUGAUGCCUCACGAACUGGCCCGUCAUGCUCUUUUGAGUCUUUUGCGGAAGACAAACUUGAGCAAAGAACUUAUUGAUUACGUUAUCUAUGGUUCCGUUAUUCAAGAAGUCAAAACAUCGAAUAUAGCUAGAGAAGCCGCUCUAGCUGCUGGAUUUAGUGAUAAAACGCCAGCCCAUACGGUGACAAUGGCUUGCAUCAGUUCUAAUGCUGCUAUUACAACCGGAAUGGGUUUAAUUGCAACUGGCACUUAUGAUAUAAUUGUUGCCGGUGGUGUUGAAUUUAUGUCUGAUGUGCCAAUACGACACAGCCGCAAAAUGCGUGCUCUUAUGUUGAAAGCUAACAAAGCUAAAACACCAAUGCAAAAACUUUCUCUUCUUUCAACUAUUCGACCAAACUUCCUUAUUCCAGAGCUCCCAGCUGUUGCUGAGUUUUCAUCUGGAGAGACAAUGGGUCACUCAGCUGAUCGUCUUGCUGCUGCUUUCCAAGUCAGCCGCAAAGAACAAGAUGAUUAUGCUCUGAGAUCACAUACUUUGGCCAAAGAAGCUGAAGAAAAAGGUUACUUCACCGAUAUGGUUCCAUUCAAAGUAUCUGGUGUUGACAAGUCAGUUGACAAGGAUAAUGGCAUUCGAGUUUCCACAGCAGAGGCCCUAGCUAAAUUGAAACCAGCUUUUGUCAAACCACAUGGAACAAUUACAGCUGCCAACGCUUCGUUCUUGACCGAUGGCUCAUCUGCUUGUUUGGUUAUGACAGAGGAAAAAGCGAAACAACUUGGACUUAAACCUAAAGCAUAUUUAAGGAAUUUCUUGUACGUGUCGCAAGACCCCGUUGAUCAACUUCUGCUUGGACCAGCCUAUGCUAUACCAAAACUUUUAAAGAAAUCAGGGUUAAGUUUGAAAGACAUUGAUUCAUGGGAAAUCCAUGAAGCUUUUGCCGGACAAAUUGUUGCCAAUCUUAAAGCACUCGAUUCAGAUUGGUUCUGUAAGACACACAUGGGAAUGAGUGAGAAAUACGGAGCUCCAGAUCUAAGUAAAUGGAAUAACUGGGGUGGCUCCUUGUCUAUUGGUCAUCCGUUUGCUGCAACUGGAGUUCGUCUUUGCAUGCAUACUGCAAACCGUUUAGUUAGAGAAGAUGGCCAAUUAGGCGUUGUUGCAGCUUGUGCGGCUGGUGGGCAAGGUGUUGCUAUGCUUCUCGAAAGAUAUCCUGGCGCAACCGCAGACUGAAAAUACGAUAUGCGUCUCAUGUCCAACUUAGAAAUAACAUAGUGAAAAAAGUGCUCUUAAAAAAUUCAUAUUCAUAAUAUUUUUUGUUGAAAUUGUAGUUAUUUUAUAUUACGGUAAAAAAUCUUGUAUUUUUAAUAUUAAAUAAGUUUUGCUAAAA